GAGAAGGCGACUACGUGCAUGUGUACGCGUGAUUGUACGCAUGUAUACGCGUGUGUAUCUGUGAGUGUGAGAAUGUGUGUGUUUAUGUUCCCCCGGUUGACAGAUAAGAUUUUGUCAGUGAAGGUUGCCGUUUCUUCUAUCUCGGUGAUAUUACGAAUUUUAGACUUCCACAGUUCAAGGUUAACAGCUGCAACAAAACUUAAUAUAUUUGGCUUUUUUCCUAUUCUUCUUUCACUCCUCUGGACUUUGGUGGUUCUUUGACGAGACUGAAGAUGGCUGUUGUGGCUGAUUACACUUUUCUGGGUGGCAUAUUUGAGAUGACAGAUCCAAUGAAGAAGGAUUUUGAUGAGCAUGGUUAUUUCAUUGUCAGGGGUCUCAUUAAUGAAGAAGAACUGCAGAAAAUCCACAAAACUUUGACUGAAAGUGAGCUUUGCAGCCAUGCUUAUGGUGUUGACGACGAUGCUGGAGGUAAAAGCAGGAUGACUCUUUGGAGCUUUCCUGGCAAUGAUGUGACGGGGAUGCUGGCACGGUGUAACAAAAUUGCUGGAACAAGUGAAAAGCUUCUAGGAGGUGAAGUGUACUUUUAUCAUGGAAAACUCAUGAUGAAGGAUGCCUUUUCAGGUGGUAGGCAUGUCUGGCAUCAAGAUUAUGGGUAUUGGUACAACAAUGGCUGUUUGACUCCUGAUUUACUGACAGUCUACGUAGCGCUUGAUAAAUGCACCAAAGAAAACGGCUGUUUGCAGGUGAGUAAUUAUCUUUUUCCUUUUAUCUUUUACAGAGCUCAUCGGUUCUUUUCAGGUGACACACUUUUCUUCCAUUCUAACCUGAUCCAUAUGGCAGACCAGAACAAAAGUGACAAGCGCCGUUGGACUCUUCUUUAUGCUUACAAUCUUCGAGAUAACGACCCAGUCUAUGUACACCACCACCCACAAUAUUCAUAUUUGGAGAAGGUUCCUGACACUGCUGUGAAAGACUGUCAGAAUUAUACAGAUCUGACUGGCAAGAAAUUUUUAAAUCCUGCAAUUGAUAAAACAGUGAGGGUCGACCAAAAAGAUGAACAAUAGAUUGAUUUUGUCUCUGUCAGAUAAUUUUCACCGUCUUCGAGAAAAGUAAUUAAAUAUAUUCGGCAGCAGAUGUUUCCAUCCCCAAACACUGACACAGACAAUAUUUCCAGAGUAAACAAUUUAUUCUCACAACUUACAAAAGCUAACACUCGUUCCUAUUAAUGGCUGGUGUUUCUGAAAUAAUCAAUAAACUUUCAAACAGAUGGUCGGCUGCCAUAUUGUAAUAUAAUAAUAAAAACAAGCGAAAAAUCAGAAGACAAAUUGUUCAAUAUUGCAUGAACAAUUUGAGAUUAAUAACUAUAUUUUGAGAAUUAUUUUUCAAUCUCUAGUGAAACAUUACAUUUAAUCAACUGAUUCCAGAAAACAUAUAUUAUGAGAAAAUAAAAUUAAUUACACUUUGCAAAAUUUAA